UCCUUGUGCCUCCGGCCGUCAAGAUGUUUCACUGUGAUUGUCAUGAGAGAACUUGCUCUCAGGGAACAAACCAGAGGACACAAAUAGGACACACAGAUGCUGGCUGCUGCCCAGUCGCCUCCCCCUCUUCCUCAGCGGCGCCUGAGUCCCGCCCAUCGCCACCUGGCUCUGCUGCGCACCGCCGACUGGAGGCAGAGCGCUGUUACUCCUCUUCCCCACACCAGAGAAGCAGAAAACAAGGAGCCACGAGAACGAGGGUGUGUGCAUGAAUUUUUCUCAUAUAAAAACACUUUAUAUUAUCUAGACUCGACGUUUAACGGAUUUUGGAGGUGGUGCGAAGACGGGAAAACAAUUACACGGAUGCCCUGCGCACUAUAGUGCAUCAUCCAUCUCUUUCUCAUCUCUCCUUCUCUUCCUCUGUGCUUUUACAAGACCCCCUAAGACUCUCCCAUCCUGAGUAUCUCCAGUGACUGAUCACUUAUUGCAAGCCUUGAGCUGGCCUUCUUCUCUUGUCGGAGUUUGAACCACAUUUCUGAACUGCUGGAAGUAUAUCGCCAGUGCCCCCGAGAGCUGGCCGGACUUUGUAGCUUCCGUCCUCCCGAUACAAGCGGAUCAUCGAGGGGACCUUGCGCGGAGUCAGAAAGACUGGAAAUUAUUUAGCCCUCUGACAUUAAGGUACCGCAUGGUGGGAAUUUCUGCCUCUUUUCAGUAUCGCACUGGGAAGCGCACCACCAUGCCCGACUCACCUGCGGAUGUCAAGACACAGUCCAGGUUGACCCCCCCCACCAUGCCGCCCCCACCCAGCACACAAGGAGCACCACGUAACAGCUCCUACACUCCUACGACUUUAACCAAUGGCAGUAGCCACUCUCCUACGGCGCUCAACGGAGCUCCCUCUCCUCCAAACGGCUACAGCAACGGUCCUAGCUCCUCCUCCUCAUCGUCGCUGGCCAACCAACAGCUGCCGCCAGCCUGCGGUGCCAGGCAGCUCAGCAAGCUCAAGCGCUUCCUCACAACUCUACAGCAGUUUGGAAAUGACAUCUCACCUGAAAUUGGCGAGCGGGUCCGCACGUUAGUGCUAGGACUAGUGAAUUCCACAUUAACCAUCGAAGAGUUUCACUCCAAGCUCCAAGAAGCCACCAACUUCCCUUUGAGACCUUUUGUCAUACCCUUUCUGAAGGCCAACCUACCGCUCCUUCAGAGGGAGCUGCUCCACUGCGCCAGGCUGGCCAAGCAGAACCCGGCUCAGUACCUGGCCCAGCAUGAGCAGCUGCUUUUGGACACCAGCACCACCUCCCCAGUGGACUCCUCUGAGCUCCUGCUGGACGUCAACGAGAAUGGCAAGAGAAGGACGCCAGACAGAACCAAAGAGAACGGCUUUGAGCGAGAUGGUGCCCUGCACCCAGAUGUUCACCCCAGCAAGCGGCCCUGCACCAUAAGCCCCGCCCAGCGCUUCAGCCCUUCCAAUGGGCUCUCCUACCAACCCAACGGCCUGCCUCACCCAGGCCCGCUCCCUCCACAGCACUACAGGCUGGAUGACAUGGCCAUCGCCCAUCACUACCGCGACAGCUACAGACACCCCAGCUCCAAUCACCGGGAGAUCCGGGAGAGAGCCAGGCCUAUUGGUAUGCAUGCAGGGACCAGGCAGGAGGAGGUGAUUGACCACAGGCUGACAGACAGAGAGUGGGCUGAGGAGUGGAAGCACCUUGACCAUGUAAGAAAACUGUUGAACUGCAUCAUGGACAUGGUGGAGAAAACAAGGCGCUCGCUGACAGUACUGCGGCGGUGCCAGGAAGCUGAUCGCGAGGAGCUCAACUACUGGAUCCGACGAUACAGUGAUGCUGAAGAGCUUAAGAAGGGCACCCCUAGUGGGCAGUCGAGGCAGCAAAGCCCAGCAGCACAAGAAAAUGCAACAUCUGAAAUUCACAGGGAGCUGCUGCACCGGCCUGUGUCUGGCUACGUCCCUGAAGAAAUCUGGAAGAAAGCUGAAGAGGCGGUGAACGAGGUCAAGCGGCAGGCCAUGUCAGAGCUGCAAAAGGCCGUGUCGGAGGCUGAACGCAAGGCUCACGAGAUAAUCAGCAGUGAGCGGGCCAAGAUGGAGCGUACGGUAGCUGAGGCCAAGCGACAGGCAGCAGAGGAUGCGCUCUCCAUAAUCAACCAACAGGAGGACUCCAGUGAGAGUUGCUGGAACUGUGGCCGCAAGGCCAGUGAGACAUGCAGCGGCUGCAACACAGCACGCUACUGUGGCUCCUUCUGCCAGCAUAAAGACUGGGAGAAGCACCACCAUGUCUGUGGUCAGACCCUCCAGGCCCAGCAGCAGCAGGCCAGCCAGCAGCAGGGAGGUGUUCCAGGGUCUGAGACCCCAGCUCCCAUCAGCUCCUCCGCCUGCACCCCAAGCAGCGGGACUGGGAGUCCAGCUGCUACCCCACCUGCUGCUACCCCUCGCUCAUCCACCCCCAGCACCCCGUCCUCCUCUGCCCUGGAUGGCACACCACGCUAAGAGACUCACACAGAUGAUGGAGGCCAAGGCCUCCAGGGCCUAAGAGCUAGCCCUCAGCCCCACAAAGAGCAUGACUGUCUACAUUGCCUUGCAAAGGUAACUUGGCUAGAGAUGGCAAUGCUUCUGUCUAUCUUGCAGCAUAGUCAUAGAAGGUGGAGGUCCAUAAUCAGGUCAUAUUGACUUGCCAUGACUUUAAAGAAACACAAAGAUAUUCUUUGUUUUGAAUGAAUGAAUUUAAAUAUUGACAUCCUUUUAUUGUUACAUUAGCUAUUCUUGUUGUCUGUCAUUGUGCCUGUCGCUAUUAAUGUUGCUGUCAUUGUAUCUUAUGUUAUUUUCUCCUGUAAAUAUGAAGAAACUGGGCAGAGAUAGCUGUGAACUGAAGACAAGCUUAUCUGACUUCCCCUUUAUUAAAUCUUUUUAUUUUCCAUCCUUAAAUUAAUGCUUAUUUCCUUCCUAUACCUGGGACAUGAGAGUAGUCAACCUCAAGAAGACAUUUUACCAAACAUACCAAGGGACAUACCUAGCAAACAAAUAAUGGAAGAUAUUAACAUUCUUUGUAAUGAAGAAAUUAGAUUUAAAUACCAUGAAAGAAACACCAAUGGAUGGAUAGAUAAACAAGUUUGCUGUCUGGAAAGGGACGGACUUGAAUCUCUGGUCCACAGACCUCGAUGAAAUGGGCAGAUGUGCAGCAGAUUGCAAGCAGAGCCAGCUGUUCAACCAAUGUUAUUUCCCUCUCACUUGUAAUAAUAUCCAGGUCAAUGGGCUGGUAAAUACAAAUCCGUCUCCCUGAAGGAUGUAAAAGGAAGAAUUCUUGGACGAGAAACAAAACUUUGCCCACUGCACAUGUGGAGGAUGUAUUGACUACAAUUUACACAUAUAUGCUUGGUGGGUCACAGAAGCUCUCAAACAGGAAGUGAAUUCAUCAUCUUACCAGUGAGACUGUCAGAUCACCUCGACGGCAGCCGCUGGGCCACUCAGCGCUGACAACCUACAGUACGGAGACUCACUCCAGAUGCUCCCCUCCUUCUCAACUCUGAAAAAACAUUUUCAUCUUUAUUCAUGUUCUUGUUCUUUUUCUGUAGAUGUCACGGUGUUUAAGACUUCUGUCCUGUGGUGCCAUCAAUGGUUAUUUAUUGUAUAUGUGUUGGACAAUUGUGACAAUGCAUAGUACUUCAACCAGUCAUAAGUCCUUCAUCUCUCUAUCUCUCUCUCUCUCUAGCUGGUGCAAAAUGAGAUAAAAAUAGAAGUGUUAUCUUUUUUUCCAAGCUGCUUUCCUAUUCUGUGUGUAAGUGGUAGAUCCCUCGUAGUUCUAUAAGUUUUACUUCCCUUUGUCCUCAUGAAAAGACACAAGCUAUAUCUCAGAGCUGCUACUUGAGUCCUAUCCAGAUCUUUUCUGAGAACUAGCAUGUUGCGCGGAAUGCUAACCUAAAUGUUUUGUACAAGGGACAUACAUAAAUGUAUUUGCACUGUCACAGAGGUUAUUUCGGCAUGCUUCUUUUCAGCAUACUUGUGUUGUCGGUAUAGAGCCAUAAUUCAUCCGCCAUGUUGUAUGUAGUGAUGGCAUUGUCUGUUGUUACACUUUUGAGGGUGGGAAGAAUUUGAAAAAUGUAAAAUCACCAUCCCAUUUAUUAUUUUUUUCCACAACAUGCUAACAAAAGCAGCCAUAAUGUUUUUUGAAUAGUUACAGACAGUGCAUGCACAUUACUGAACGUUUGUUAAAUAUUUGUUAUUUUUUAGAAAAACUUAAAAUCAACCAAAAAAAAGUUAAAAUACAAAUAAAAAUUAAAAUUAAAAAAGCUAACUAACAAACUAACUUUCCAAAUGCAGAGGUGUAGACUCCGAUUGACAGCUUUAACACUACAAAGCACCAGGUAACACAGUAUUAACACACACACACACAUACACACACACACACAAAACACCAAAAACAGCCAAAGACUGACACCAAGGACCAAAAUCCUGAUUUAAACAAUUUUCAAAAGAGGUUUGUUCACAGACAUUUGGUUUAUUUAUUUCUGCCAGGUUUUGUUCACAUAUUCUUGAAAUAAAACCAAUUUCAGUGUCAUAAAAGUAAUUUAUUUGAAACCUUCGUGGAAACCAAUGGCACUCGUCUUACAUUGUGAAAUGAGAAGGUGUGAAUGAAACAUAAUGAACAUUUCACAACAGUGUUACAUUUUAACUGGAGCAAUAACUAAUAUGACAUGAACACUCAUGACUUUUAACAACUUUUGAACACAUUUUUGGGAUUUCUUUCAAACUUUUUGUGCAUUUUCUCAUUACACAAAUGUCAGAUUAAGUGCCCAUUUCAGCUUUAAGCAGUUAAGUUCUUUAUUCUUAAAGAGGUUAAUGUGAGACUGGGCUUUCACACCAGUGCCAUUUACAGCUAUUUGUUUUUAUUUUUUCAGAGUAUGGUUUUUUUGGGGGGGGGGGGGAUAGAUAAUUAGUCACAGCAUUGUUGUAAACAUUCAAUGUAAAUCAAACAAACCUCUCAUUCGAGAGCACUUACCCUGACGCACACAAAGACUCUUCAUCCCAAACACCUUGGUGCUACCCAGAAGCACCUUACAAAUUCUGACCUCAAAGAACAAGUGGAAGCCCAAGUAGGUUCUGGGCAGUUUGCUCCCUCUGUACUUCCUCAUCUCUCCCUUCUUGUCUAAAUAAAACACACCUGCAUUCUUGACUCUAAAGGGUUAAACAAUCCAAAAAGGUGUUUGACACCCUACUUGCGACUCCUCAGAAGCUGUGAAGAAACAGCCAAGCUGUUUUAACAAUAGUGUAUUUGAAAGUAUACAUCAAAUGACUUGUGUGUUCAUCAUGAUCAGGGCAAAACCUGGGUGUAAAAAAGUAAGCAGACAUUAUCAUCAAUGAUUCUUUGAGAAGCUCUAUUUUUUUUUUCUUUCUUCCCUCCUCUAUGUGUGUUUUGCUACAAAUUCCUCUGUGGCAAACAAGUCUCACUCUACCUCUUACAGCACGAUAAGAGCAUCAGUCGCAAUGCUGAUACUGGUCUAGUCGAAACCAAAUGGGCACAAGAGAACAGGAAAAUAAAAAACCCAAAGUUGAAGCUCAUACAGCUGCAAAACCAUAUCACUACUUGGUAACAAUGCAGACCUCAUAAGUAAAUGACAUCUAAAUGAAUACAAAUGAGAAAAAAACUGAAAAAACUUUUAUGUUCCUUUAUGCCUGUGGCGUUUCUAGAGUACAUCAAGAGUUUGAAUUGUUUGAGCAGAUUUGAAAAAUUGUGCUAAUUUUAAAGAAAAGUGUUGUCGAUUCCUAUUUCGAUGAUACAAGGAAAGGUCACGGAUGAGAAAUGUUUCUCCCUUCCUCUUUUUUCUCCUGUUUCCCAUCCACCGUUUUCUCCUAUACUUUUUUGUGAGACAUGCUGUAGUGCUUGUCGUCCUGUCAGCUGAGGUAAAUUCAGAUAGGGGAAAAUCUUGUAAAAAACAAACAAAAAAAAGAUUAAGGCUAUGAAUUUAGGAAUACCUGUUUUUCCUAAUGGGGGAAAUGUUAUUUAAAUUUCCUACUUAUCAAGAAAGAUCGGGGAAAUGUGUGGGGCCAACAGUGAUCAGCAAAGGCCAUAGAAUUAACCUGGGAGUGAGUUCAGGGGUGGGAGGGUUUUUGCAUUCUCUUGAGAAAAUCUAUUGUGAAAAAAAGCUAAAAUGAUUUGAAGUUGUUGUGCAAUACUUAAUUGAGACAUGAAAAUCACAGGUUAGUGGUAGGCUGACACUGGGCGGUCUUUACAUCGCUUAGGGUCAGUGUCCUCUAGAGAGCUUUCCAGUCUACUAUGUCAGAACUGUGGUUUCUUGUUGAUUUUAUUUCCUUCAUUUGCUUUCUUUCUUUUUUCUUUUUUAAAUUCUUUUUGGGCUGUAAACUAUGGUCUGUCAGUCUGUGAAACUUUGCAGUAUAAUUCUGGUAUUGUUGUUCUCUUUACGGUGUAAUAAAUAUGUUAAUACCUGCCUUGGA